ACACGUGCCCCGGUUCCAUGUCGCCAGACGCCAGACGUCAGACGUCAGACGGCCAGACGGACAGACGGUUGGCGGCUGGCGGCUGGCGGCUGGCGAGGGUCGCGUCAUGCGAUGCUGGCUCGCACCAGCCAGCCUCGCAGCCUCGCAGCCUCUUGAUCCCCAGAUCCGGCGAACGUGUGCCAGCCGGAUAUCGGGAUGUCCGCGGGCGAUAAACGUGCGAUGCACGUGUCAGGCUGGUCCAAACUCUUUGAGCAUCAAGCGCAUCCGACUUGUGCGACUCUGCUACACCAGUCAGUGCCCAUGGCUUUGUGCUGCUUGGGCUAUCAACGUGGGUGGGCGGGGCCCGGUGGAACCGUCUGGAAUAGUGGCUGCGGCGCCGGCCAGCUGGAGGCCAUAGUGGCCUGACUAUAGAGACCUGCGGAGGCCUACUGAGGCCGAACCCGUGGCCGUGGGGAGGCUACCACGUCAUG